AAAAGCUUUGUGAUUGGCCUGUACUACCGGGCUAUAAGACAAUAUACCAAAAGCAUAGCAUAUGCUGUAGAUUCGUCUGAAGAACUAGCGCUGGCAAUAGAUAAUAGGGCUGCAGCCCUAUUUGAGCUAAAAAAUACAAGGAUUGUGUAAGUGACAUUAAUAGAGCUCUGGACCUGAAUUACCCAGACAAAUUAAAAAGUAAGCUAUACAAGCGAAAAGGACUAUGUUUGGCAGCACUAGGAAGUCCUGAUGUCGAUUCAACUUUUCAAGAAACUUUAAUUUGGUUGGAUAAGACAUCUCUAAGCAAUGAUAAGAAGAACAAAAUUGAAAAUUAGCUAAAAGCAUUGAUUACAACACCACGAGCGGCUAUUGCUGAGUCUCAAGUAAAUGUGACCCAACAUCCAAUGCCAAAAAUAUCUGCACCAAAUGUAAAAAUUCCCUGUGCCUCUGAUGCGAUUGCGGUCGAGCACUCGGCAAAACUUGUCCAGCACCUUAUUGCUACCCGGAAAAUUAAAUCUGGCGAAAUUCUGAUUUUAGAAAAACCACAUUGCUCAAUUCUCAACCAACGGAGUAUUUAUACUUACUGCUCACACUGUUUGCAAAUAUCCUGGACCCUGAUCCCAUGUAAAUAUUGUGUUUAUGCAGCAUACUACUCAGAACUUCGCAGAGACAAAGCCUGGAACGAAUACCAUGAGAUAGAAUGCUCAAUUAUGGGAUUCUUGUUGUGUUUCUCUGUCCCUGAACAAUAUUGGCUUGGUGUAAGACUCACUAUAAUGAUUUCACAAAAAGGAAUGAAAUUGGCUACAUUGAAGGAAGAGCUUGCACAUGUCGAUCGAUUCAAAGGUCCACAUACAAAGGAAAAUAUCAACGAUGGAAAAUUCUGCAAUGACCAGUACCGCAACAUUUAUACCCUGCCAAAUAAUGUUGGCUCUUCCUUUGUGCUAAAGCAACUAGUUAGUGUUCUGUGGUGUGCAUUAUCAAUAUGCAUGAUCGGAAGAGAGACUGAGAUGUUCGGGAAGAAGAUGGAAGUAAAUUAUACAUUUACAAAAAAUCCCCAUGUGAUAUUUGUUGGAGAGCUGAUGUUGAGAAACGUGGAUAUUAGUUUAAUGAAAGCUACAGUUUUCGGUGCAUCAUGUUGUUCAGCUUCUUAUGAUCACGGACUUACACUUUUGGCUCUUUGUCGUCUGGCGAAUCAUUCAUGUGAUCCAAAUACAAUAGAACAAUGGUAUACAGAACACCUUGCUCUGUAUGCUGCCUAUCCUAUUGAGAACGGCGAACAGAUAUUCAGAAGCUAUGUACCCCGUUACAUUGUGAUGGACAAAAGCAAAAGACGCGGACGUCUUCAGGAUCGAAACUUGAUGUGUGAAUGCAUCCCUUGCAAAGAAAUUGGCCCACGCUCGUCACUCAUUGUAGCUACAAGCAAAAAGCAGUUACUCAAGAGGCCAAAACUAAAAUUGAUGCCUUUUUGUAACAAUACCUUGUAACGCAUAGUGAUUUCUUACAAAAAGAUAUCACUCAAAACAUUCCUAACAUUAUCAUCGAAGUGAUAAAAAUGAUUGAAUUACUGCAUAACCUAUGCAGAAACCUUGUAGUGAAUUGGACAUGGCGGUUACAAUGCUCAAAGAUCUUUACGCGGCAGCUGACAUCGUGU